CCAAUACAGUCCACACUCCACACUCCACAGAGUGAAUCUAACUCAAACCCUAAUCCUAAAUUCACAUUUUUUCUCCUGAAUCUCCCAAUUUUUAUGGCGAAGCAGAAGUAUGUGGUUCCUCUUAAAGACUCUGACCAUGAAGAAGAAAAAGAUAGCAGCGAGGAAGAGGAUGAAGUUGCUUCAUCCAACGAAGACGAAGACACAGAUGAAGAUGAAGGCGAAGAUGAACGUGACAAGCACGUGCUGCUUCCCAGGAAGCCUCAACCGAUAAUGUUUUCCAAACCCUCGUCUUCUUCAUCUGAAGUCGAAUCGGAUUCGGAGCCCGAGCCCGAGCCUGAGCCUGAGUCUCUAUUGGAAAAUGCUAAAGCCUCUUCAAAGUUGAAGUCUCAACCUUCGUCUGCUGUCAGUGAAGCCAAAUCCGGGUCAAAGGCGCAGCCAAGAACAGUAUCGACCACUCGAACCAACCAAAGCGUGGGAAGAAGGCACAGGACGAUCACGCCGCCGGCUCCGAUGAAGAGGAUCCGAAUAAAUCACGUGACGAGUCCAAAUCCAUCUUUCAGAAGGCUUUCAGUGAGAAAGAUGAGAUUGGUAUCGAGAAGGCUGGGAAGAGUACUCCAAAGAAGGCACUAGUGCCUCGUUCAAAUGGGAAAGGUGAAGCAAAGUCUUUGGAUUCAAAUGAAGGUAAAAGGAUGAGUGAAUUGUGUGGGACUGGUUUAGCUUUGACUUCAAUGUUAAGGUUCGAUGGGAUUUUUGGUGAGCCUUACGGUGAAGGUUAUAUUAGAAAGGGAAUAGAGUUGCUUGGAGUCUCAAAGAGAGAAGAGAUCGAGGCUAGGUGGAGGAAGUUCGAAGAUGCUGAAAAAAAAUUGUAUGCGGAGAUA